AUGGCUGUCGAUGAACGUUUCUGUUUUAUGGGCGAAUGGUAUGAUCCACAAGCAUCAAUGACUCGCACUUAUCAAGUGCUCUUUUAUCCAGCGGAUAGUAGUAUUGAAAUGUAUGAUGUUAAAACUCGUCGAGCAUUUCUUAAACGUACGAAAUGUGAAACAAUAAAAUUCAAUGAUUUCUUUAUUGGAAAUACAAUAAAUAUAUUUUCUCGAUCAAUAAAAAUAGCUGAUUUUGGUGAUGCAUUUACUGCACGAAGUAUUGGUAAAAAUCAAGAAAGAACAUUGGCAAUUAUAAAACCAGAUGCAAUUCGAAGUUUAGGUGAUAUAAUUAGUGCAGUUUAUGAAAAUGGUUUUACAAUUGCUCGUAUGCGAAUGGUUAAAUUAUCACAAAAUGAAGUUAUGUAUUUUUAUUCUGAACAUAAAACAAAAGAAUUCUUUCCACGUUUAUGUGAAUUUAUGACAAGUGGUCCAGUUGUUGCUAUGGAACUUGUAGGAUCGGAUGCAGUUAAUCGUUGGAGAAGUAUGAUUGGUCCAACUGAUACUCAAAGAGCUAGAGAACAAGGUGCACAUUUACUUCGUGCACGAUUUGGCACAGAUGGAACAAAAAAUGCUUUACAUGGAUCUGAUUCUGCAGAAAGUGUUCAACGAGAACUUUCAUUCUUUUUUGGUUCAAAAUAUGGUGUUAAUACAGCUUGUUAUAACGAUACAACAUGUUGUGUUAUUAAACCACAUGCAGUUGCUGAAGGAAGAGCUGGACAUAUUAUUAAUGCUAUUCUUAUUGCUGGAUUUCAAGUUUCUGCUAUUGGCACUUAUAGUUUAGACAAAGUCAAUGCUGAAGAAUUUUUAGAAGUUUACAAAGGUGUUGUUCAUGAAUAUCCUAAAAUGGUUGAAGAAUUAAUGUCAGGUGCAUGUAUUGUACUCGAAGUUCGUGCUCAAAAUGCUCAAGCAGUUUUUCGAGAUUUCUGUGGUCCCGCUGAUCCAGAAAUUGCUCGUCAUAUUCGUCCACGAACAUUAAGAGCUUUAUAUGGAAAAGAUAAAGUGAAAAAUGCUGUUCAUUGUACAGAUUUAGCUGAAGAUGCAUCAUUAGAAGUCGAAUAUUUCUUCCGAAUCUUAGAUCAUUAA